GAGACUCCCGGGUCCCCGCGCCGGACCGGGGCUGGGGGCAGGCAGCCCGGGCGGACCUGACCGGCGCCUAGGUCGGCCCCGGGCGUUACUAUGCAGGCACCGCGGCGCGCGUGAGGAGGAUGCGGCAGCAGGCGCCGCGGUGGGAGGAGUAGGCGGUGGUGCCCUCGGGAGGGAGCCGCGCGCGGGCCAGACGGCUCCUGGAGGCUCCGCAGUGCCGCCGCCGUCGCCCGGGAGGCUCCGCACGGGAGCCAUGUAACCCUGCGGCGGGCUCCGCGCUGCUCUGUCCUUCCCCAGCUCCCGGGCUAGCGCGGCAGCGGGGCCACGAUGAAGAAGCAGUUCAAUCGCAUGCGCCAGCUGGCCAACCAGACGGUGGGCAGGGCAGAAAAGACUGAAGUUCUGAGUGAAGACCUUCUUCAGGUGGAGAAGCGCCUGGAGCUGGUGAAGCAGGUUUCCCACAGCACGCAUAAGAAGCUCACUGCCUGUCUCCAGGGCCAGCAAGGGGUAGAGGCCGACAAGCGCUCCAAAAAAUUGCCUUUGACAACACUGGCUCAGUGUUUGAUGGAAGGGUCAGCUAUCCUUGGAGAUGACACACUUCUUGGGAAGAUGCUGAAACUCUGUGGAGAAACAGAGGACAAGCUGGCUCAGGAGCUGAUUCAUUUUGAAUUGCAGGUGGAGAGAGAUGUGAUCGAGCCCCUGUUUCUGCUGGCUGAGGUGGAAAUCCCAAAUAUUCAAAAACAGAGGAAACAUUUAGCAAAGUUGGUGCUGGACAUGGAUUCUUCACGAACGAGGUGGCAGCAGACUUCCAAGUCUUCAGGUUUGUCCAGCAGUUUACAGCCUGCGGGUGCCAAAGCUGAUGCCCUCAGGGAAGAAAUGGAGGAGGCUGCCAACAGAGUGGAGAUUUGCAGGGACCAGCUCUCGGCUGACAUGUACAGUUUUGUGGCCAAAGAAAUUGACUAUGCAAACUACUUUCAAACGCUAAUAGAAGUGCAAGCUGAAUACCACAGGAAGUCAUUGACACUCUUGCAGGCUGUGUUGCCUCAGAUAAAAGCACAACAGGAGGCCUGGGUAGAGAAGCCUUCCUUCGGGAAGCCCCUGGAGGAGCAUCUCAUGAUCAGCGGUCGGGAGAUCGCCUUUCCCAUUGAGGCCUGCGUGACGAUGCUGCUUGAAUGUGGGAUGCAGGAGGAGGGCCUCUUCCGAGUAGCUCCGUCUGCCUCCAAGCUGAAGAAGCUGAAAGCUGCGCUGGACUGCUGUGUGGUGGAUGUGCAGGAGUACUCCGCGGACCCCCAUGCAAUUGCAGGAGCUUUGAAAUCUUACCUCCGAGAGUUGCCAGAACCUCUUAUGACCUUUGAACUCUAUGACGAGUGGAUUCAGGCUUCCAAUAUCCAGGAGCAAGACAAGAGGCUUCAGGCUCUGUGGAAUGCUUGUGAAAAAUUGCCCAAGGCCAAUCACAACAACAUCCGAUACUUGAUCAAAUUUUUAUCCAAGCUGUCAGAAUAUCAAGAUGUGAACAAGAUGACUCCCAGUAACAUGGCAAUUGUGUUAGGACCCAACCUCCUAUGGCCACAAGCGGAAGGAAACAUCACGGAGAUGAUGACCACGGUUUCACUGCAGAUCGUUGGGAUCAUUGAACCCAUCAUCCAGCAUGCAGACUGGUUCUUCCCUGGGGACAUAGAGUUCAACAUCACAGGGAAUUAUGGGAGUCCGGUCCAUGUGAACCACAACGCCAACUACAGUUCAAUGCCCUCCCCAGACAUGGACCCCGCUGACCGGCGCCAGCCAGAGCAGGCCCGCCGGCCCCUCAGCGUUGCCACGGAUAAUAUGAUGCUGGAGUUUUACAAAAAGGAUGGCAUGGGCGUGAGGGUCAUGGACACAUCCUGGGUGGCUCGAAGAGGCUCCUCGGCCGGCCGGAAAGCAUCGUGCGCCCCGCCCCCGAUGCAGCCCCCUGCCCCGCCCGCCGAGCCGGCAGCGCCCCUGCCAUCGCCAGUGCCCGAGCAGCCCCCGGACGGCCCGGCCUCAGCGGCGCCUUCGCUCUCUCCAUCUGGCCUGGGCCUGCAGCCCAGCGCCGCCGAGCGGACCAGCACUUCUAAAAGCAAGGAACUUUCUCCAGGAUCUGGGCAGAAAGGAAGUCCAGGCUCCAGCCAGGGGCCACCCUGUGCAGGGACGCAACCAGGGGUCCAGCCAAGCGCCAGCCCCAGCCAGCCACCUGCAGACCAGAGCCCUCACACCCUGCGGAAAGUUUCCAAGAAGCUGGCACCAAUCCCACCCAAGGUCCCCUUUGGCCAGCCCGGGACCAUGACUGACCAGCCCACCGGCCAGCCGUCCCCACUCAGCCUGUCUCCCACCCCACCGAGCACCCCAUCACCCUACGGACUGAGUUACCCUCCAGGGUACUCUCUGGCCUCGGGCCAGCUCUCCCCGGCUGCCGCAGCUCCUCCCCUGGCCUCUCCUUCCGGCUUCACGAGCACUUUAACCAAGUCGCGGCCCACCCCUAAGCCCCGACAGAGACCCACUCUGCCGCCGCCUCAGCCUCCCACAGUGAAUCUCUCGGCCUCUAGUCCGCAGUCCACGGAGCACCCCGUGCUAGAUGGCAUGUCUCCUGGGGAAAGCAUGUCUACAGAUCUCGUCCACUUCGAUAUCCCCUCCAUCCACGUAGAGCUCGGGCCGACGCUCCGCCUGAGUCCCCUGGAGCACAUGCGGCGACACUCGGUGACUGAGAAGAGGGACUCGGAGGAGGAGUCUGAGAGCACCGCGCUCUGACCGCACCCGCCCGCCCCGCGUGUGCACACGUGGGCCCGACACACCCCCGCAAGCCGCCUGGCUGGCCACGUGUUCUCCGUUGGCUCUUUGCUGUCACUGCCAACUCACGGUUGGAGUCUUGCAGAAAACUGUCAUCUCCAGCCCAAGUGGCAAAUGUCAGUGGUGCCGAUUUUGUUUGUUCCCUUCAGGUGGUGACUCUGGCCUUUUGUUUGAUCUUUGCCUUUUGACUUUGUGCCUAUUUUGAUCCACUUUCAGCCUCCAUGCCCAUAACAGCCCUCUCUCCACCUGAGGGCUUGCUGUCAGAAAUGUCCUUUGCAGGUAGGGGUGUGAGGGGGGGUCGAGUUGGCCGGUAGACCUGGGGGCUGCCUGCCACCUCUACUCUGACAGCUGAUGUCAAGUCCUAUGGUGUCAGCUUAAUGGCUCCAGAAGGGAAGUGGGAUAUGGGGGGGGGGGGCCCUUUCACUCACAUGGGACGAGUUCUGGAAUCCUAGAAGUGCUGGGGCACUGACUUGCCUGCUACACAGGGGAGGGCUGGCUGGUGGAAACCUUUAGGGCUGCCCUUAACCCAUGAGCACUAAAGUAAAUGGCUAAAAAUGAAAUUCAUUUCACUUCCUAGCAGUUUCAUUUUUCCACACUAUAUGACUGAAAGCCCCGUUUACUACCUUAUCGUUUUAUACUUGUGAAUUUAAAAAAUGAUCUUGAGGGUGUCUGGAGAGCCCAAAGAUAGCUCCUCACGCCCCCCAAAACACAUAGAUGUCUGACAGUAAGUGCACCCCUCCAGGAUCCCGGGGGCGCCCACCUCACUAAGUACGUGGGGUCCAGGAGCUGCCUCUUCUUUCUGGAGGUCACCAGUGAAUAGCAAUAAUUCUGUUACCCAAAGCACGUAAAGGAAAGUGAGACCAGCCCGCGGAGACACCUGGCCAGCACCACGGGCCCGCGGUGUGGCGCGCUUCGCUCACCAGCAUCCGUUGCUCAUCCCUUCUCAUGCAGUCCCAUCCAUUCUCUGGGAGGUGGGCCGGAGGGCACGGGGAGCCUGGUCACACUUGGGAUUAAGGGAGUGAGAAAGAGAUUCGGGUCAUGCAUGCAAAGUCAAACCUUACAAUUUUAUCCUUUUAAAAUAGAUAUGAUAUACCUAUACAUGAUAUAAUAUUUGUAUAUAUGAAAUCUCUCUAUAUUUGUUUAAUUUGAGCCAUUCAAUCUAAACCAAUGUACAGGUGUACAAUGAGAAAUUUAAAUGCUUAGUUAUUUUUCCCAACACAGUGUAAAAUAACCCUUCUCUGACAGUGGGAUUUGCAAACUUUUGAUGUUAACAGCUUUGCUCACUUCCUGGCAAGGGCAGUUCAGUACCCAAUUUGUAAUGGAGCCCAGGGGUUGAAAGUUACCUUUAAAUACAUGUACAAAUAGUUGUCCAAAGUAAUGUUAUUAAAAUAGAUUUAUUAUCCGUGA